AGCUUAAGCAACAACGUUUUAUCCGACAACGGCGUCGUGAGACAUCGCGAAAGACUGGGACGAGCAUGACGUUCCCGCGUAUAUUUAAAACAGUUAAGCAAAGUUCGUAAUAGAAAGCGGCGGUAGAAAGUGAACUCUUUUUCAUGUCUUCGUUUAAAACAAUACGAAACUUUUGUCUUGUGCUUUUUGAAGAAGGUUACAUUACAGAAUAUGAAUUGAUCAUAUUGUACAAGGCAUAUAAAUCAAGGAACCCAGAGCUUCCAUUCAAAAAUUAUGAGCCAUUUUGUUUAGAUAAUCUAAGUGAGGAUGAAUGUAAAGUAGAAUUCCGAGCCAACAAACACGAUUUGAUUUUCCUCCAACAAAAUCUUAGAAUCCCUGAAAUAGUCAAGUGUCCACAAAGGACAACAUGUUCAGGACUGGAGGGGCUAUGCAUUCUUUUAAAUCGUCUUGCUUACCCUUGUCGAUUUUCAGACAUGAUUGGCAGAUUUGGGCGACCAGUUCCUGAGUUGUGUAUGAUUGCAAAUACCAUCAUUGACUUUAUUUAUAAUUAUCAUAAGCGAAAAAUUACAGAAUGGAACCAUGAUCUUUUAAGCCCAGAAAAUCUACAGGUUUAUGCCAAUGCCAUCCAUGAAAAAGGAGCACCUUAUGAAAAUUGCUUUGGCUUUAUUGAUGGAACGGUCAGACCAAUUUCACGGCCAACAAAACAUCAGCGAAUUGUUUACAAUGGCCAUAAAAGAGUUCACUCUUUGAAGUUCCAGGGUGUGGCAUUGCCAAAUGGUUUGAUUGCACAUAUUUUUGGUCCAGUUGAAGGAAAAAAACAUGAUGCUGGUAUGCUGGCUGACUCAAACUUCCUUCAAGACCUGGAACAAAAUGCUUUUUCUGUGGAUGGGAGACCAUUAUGCAUAUAUGGGGAUCCUGCUUAUCCACAGAGGAUUCAUCUACAAGCUCCUUUUCGGCAUGGGGUAAUCACAGACAGAAUGAAAGAAUUCAACAAGCAAAUGAGUUCAGUUAGAGUGUCUGUGGAAUGGUUAUUUGGAGAUGUGAUCAACUCAUUCCGGUUCAUGGACUUCAAAAAAAACCUCAAAAUAGGGCUAAGUAGUGUUGGGAAAGCAUAUAUUGUCUGUGCAUUGUUAAGAAAUUCACUCACUUGCAUGUAUGGAAAUAUAACAUCCAAGUUUUUUCAGUUAGAUCCUCCAGCCUUGGAGAAUUACUUUAUAACUAAUUAA